UUUAGUGUGAAAGUAAAGCAAAACAAAGUGAAGUGAAACAUGACAGACUCCGCAGUUGCAACAUCCGCAUCUCCCGUGGCUGCCCCACCAGCUACUCCCGCAUCUGAGAAGAAGGUGGCUGCUAAGAAAGCAGCAUCUGCAUCGAAGGUGAAGAAGCCGGCAGUUCCACCAUCACAUCCUCCAACUCAGCAAAUGGUGGACGCAUCAAUCCUGAACCUUAAGGAACGUGGUGGCUCGUCGCUUAUGGCAAUCAAGAAGUACAUCAGUGCCACAUACAAGUGCGAUGCCCAGAAAUUGGCACCAUUCAUUAAGAAGUACCUGAAGAGCGCUGUUGCCAGUGGAAAACUUAUCCAAGCUAAAGGCAAGGGCGCAUCUGGUUCAUUCAAAUUGUCUGCAUCUGCCAAAAAGGAGCCGAAGCCAAAAGCCAAGGCUGCCUCAGCGGAGAAGAAACCGAAGAAGGUCGCUGCAUCAGCAGCAGCAGCAGCAGCAGCUAAGAAGAAGGCUGCCGGCACCAAGGCCAAGAAAGCAGCAGGGUCCGCUGAGAAGAAACCAAGCAAAGCUGUAGCAACCAAGAAGACCGCUGAGAAGAAGAAGACUGAGAAAGCCAAGGCUAAGGAGGCCAAGAAGAGUGGUACAGUAAAGGCUAAGCCCACAACAGCAAAGGCGGCGCCCAAAUCGAGUGCUGCGAAAGCAAAAGCACCAAAGCCCAAGACCGCAACUGCCCAG